AUGGCGUUUUUACCUUUUCACAACGAAAUUUCCACGAGCGACAAAAUUUUUAAUUUUUUCUCUCUCUCUCUCUCUCUCUUCGUGUCGUCGUUUGAGGAGCCUGCAGUGCAGAGCUGCUUUAUUGCCGACGCGGAGAGCCUGACCCUCACCGAUCUCUCCGAGGACAUGCUGGUUGGCAUUCUGGCCUGUAUUUUUGCUCGGGACUUUGUCUCGCUCGACGACGCCCUCGUCUUCAUUGCUAACGACGUUCUUCAUUUGCCCUUGGAUCACAUCAGCUCGGCUCGGUUGCGUGCCAAGUCAGUCGGGGACCUCAACAACCUGGCCGAGUUGCUGCUUGAGCUCCAGCCGCUGACGGCAUCCAUGCGGUCCUUUGACCAAGGGCAAGACCUGAUUGAAGAGUCGGCUCGAAUCAAUGGCUCUGGCCCAGGGCCAAAUCACUAUCCGGCUAGCCCCACGGUCCCUGCAGCUGCGGCCAAGGCCCCGGCGGUUGUGCCUAAUCUUCCGCCUGCAACAGACACAGAGUCGAGGCUGUCACCUGAUAGUGUAGCCAUACGCAAUCGUCUGCUUCAAGAGCGCGCCGAGGUGGCCUCGCGUGCCCGCGAGCUGCUCGAUCAGGCUCGGCGGCAGUUGGCAGCAAGUCAAGCAACAAACUCUGCGGAUGAACCCAUCAAUGCCGCUGAAUUAAGCGCAGCUAAAGUUGGGGACGGCGACCGAGAGCAUGGUGGUCUGCGUCGUCAGCAACUUCUGAAAGAGGUGCUCAAUGGCGUGCAGUCUAGCUCCGAGACCCCGAUGCCGCACCCACCCCACGCCAGCCACUCGAAGCCAUCUGCAGGCUCCUCGACACGCCGGCCGCGUCGUGGCAACAAAACACACCAGAGCAAGCCGUCACCACGCUCUGCCGCUCGAGCACUGAGUCGAACACACGCGCAGUCGCAGGGCAGUCGCCAGCGCACAGCAGUGCCGGAUCUGGUUGAGCGAUUCCGAGGUGUUGCUCUUAGCCCACAUCAACAGCGCGCUCUUGAGGCGCGCGAGGCUAAACGCUUGCAAACCAUGGCAAGCAAUCGCUUGCACCAGGCUCGCCACACCACGCGACGAACACGACGAGAGGAGCAAGCCGUGGCGCAGGACGUUAAUAAUCUCCAAAGUCUGGUCGAGCGUAAUUCCAAAGCAGCCGAACGUGUGCUUCUAUCAACGCUCAGCACCAAACAGGCCAUGGCAGUGCGCGCCAAGCUCAAUGCUUUGCGCCAGGCCGAGGCACGCACGCGCCGCUUGUAUCACGAGCUUGUCUCAAUGCAAGCACUCAAGGGCCGGGCCGCCCAGUCCGCGGCCCAACAGUUGCUUUUGCAUGCCGUCGAUGGCCACAUUCAAGAGUCCUUUGCAUUGUUGCGUGAGGAAGCACCAAAGUGGCAAGGGGAUGACGCCCCGACAGACCAGCUGUUAGCACUACGAAGCUUGUACCAGGAGCGACUGGCGUCAAUUGAUGCCUGCUUGGUCUCGGCCAAAGUGCUACCCCACGAAGAGAUGGUGUUUGGCACUGAUGACGAAAUUGCCGUCCAGGCGCCACAACAACUGCCAAGCAGUCAUAUUUAUCAUUCCCAAGACCAAGUGCAUUUUCGUGGCGACUUGUCACGCGAAAUGAGUCAGAAAUCAACUACAUGCGUGGUCACUGCCAAGCCUAAAAAGAGAGAGAAAAACAAAAAAACAAAUCAAGAUCUGGAGGAGUGGAAAAAAAAAGAGCCACUGUCGGCAGUUUGGGAAGAGAAAGAAGAAAAGGUUAACAUGGGCCUUGAACAUCCAUGCAAUGUCUCAAAGGGAAAAGUGAGAGGACGCGCCCCGGCUAACAAGCCACGACCUGAGGCAAAGCCUUUGAAAAGGGAAAGUCACGCAUAG